CCGGACCCUCUCCACGCAGACCCGUCCCCGCUGGGUGUCUCCGUGAUCGGAGCCAGGACAGGAUAAGAAGAAAGAAAUUAUAAUAUCGGAUCUUCAUCUUUUCUUUUCUUCAUCUCGUUUUUUUUGUUAUAACUAUUAAUGCUUCGCCGACCCCGUUCUUCUAUCUCCGGUUGACUCCUCCUCACUUCUCCUUCUUUCGGCAUUGUUCUUGUUUUAUUUAUCGUUCCGUUCCGCUGGCUGUUGCGGAGGAGCGCCACCGUCCUUGCACUGCCUGACAUGAGAACGCGCUUUCUCCUCUGGCUGCAGCGGAAUGACACACACAUCCGAAGCUUGAUGGAAGAUUGAUCAUCUUUGUUUGAGCGUGUUUUCUAUCCUCUCUCGCGCUCCAGAAACCUAGAUCAUUCUCCAGUUUUUUUUUUUUAAAUUUUAAUUUGUAUUAUUCUUUUUAGGAUUGUAUCCCACCCCCCGCUCCCCCCCCCCCCCCACUCCACCUCCAGCAGCACCACCUCUGACUCGAUCAUCCGCCGCUCCAGCGUUUCUUUCUUUUCUGUAGCCUGCGCAGCAUCUUUCCAGGCAAACGAGCGCACCGCCGCGGAGAAAACGCGCCGCUAAUCCUUCGCCGUGCGCAAGAAAACAGGCGUAUCUUUUUUUUCCCCUCUUCCUCCAAUUCCUCAAAUCGCCUUCGCCUUUCCGCGCGGACUCCCGUCUUUAAGGCGAUACGUUGCGUAAGAAUAAAAGAAAGAAGAAAAAUAACACAUCGGGGACAAACGACGGGAUUUAAACGCAAACGCAACAUCCAAGAGCGAGCUCGAAAAUGAUGGCCGGCGGAGCAGUACAGCAAAACGGGAUUUUUUCAAAUCCUCACCAUCACAAUCAACCACCGCACAUGGAGUCCGAUCCUCCGGACUCGCGCAAGAGACCCCUGGAGACCCCGACGGAGGCCAGCAGCACUAAGCGCACAAACACAGGAGUGGCCUUCCUGCAGCCCCUAUUUGAAACUGAAGGCAUUGUAUUCCCUCAACAAGAAACUGAGGCUCAUGAGGAAGGCGAGUACUUCCUGAAGGUUUUGAUUCCCAGCUAUGCGGCGGGCUCCAUCAUCGGCAAGGGAGGUCAGACCAUCGUCCAGCUGCAGAAAGAGACCGGAGCCACCAUCAAACUGUCCAAAUCCAAAGACUUCUACCCGGGGACGACAGAGCGCGUGUGUCUGAUCCAGGGCACGGUGGAGGCGCUGAACGGCGUCCACGACUUCAUCGCUGAGAAGGUGAGGGAGAUGCCUCAGAGCACCCAGAAGACGGAGCCCGUCAGCAUCCUGCAGCCACAGACCACCGUCAACCCCGACCGCGUCAAACAGGCCAAGCUGAUCGUCCCCAACAGCACGGCAGGCCUGAUCAUCGGCAAAGGUGGUGCAACAGUCAAGGCGGUGAUGGAGCAGUCCGGGGCGUGGGUCCAGCUAUCCCAAAAGCCAGAGGGCAUUAACCUGCAGGAGCGUGUGGUCACCAUCAGCGGGGAGCCCGAGCAGAACCGUAAAGCCGUGGAGAUCAUUGUCCAGAAGAUUCAGGAGGACCCGCAGAGCUCCUCCUGCCUCAACAUCUCCUACUCCAACAUCACAGGGCCCGUUGCCAACUCCAACCCCACCGGAUCCCCAUACGCCAACUCGACCGAGGUCAUGCCAUCCGCGGCGGCCGCCGCGGCAGCUACGGCCUCCUCCCUGCUCGGCCAGGCCAGCCUGGCCGGGGUGGGCGCCUUCCCAACCACCAUGUCCAGCUUCUCAGGCAACGACCUUCUCACCAUAACCUCCGCCCUCAACACCCUGGCCAGCUACGGCUACAACACCAACUCCCUCGGCCUCGGGCUGAAUCCCGCCGCAGCCUCAGGUGUGCUAGCAGCAGUAGCGGCUAAUGCUAACCCCGCAGCAGCCGCCGCGGCUAAUUUGUUAGCAUCCUAUGCCAGCGACGCAUCCACUAGCGGAGGUCACCCAGUGGCCGGUCUCGGAGGCUUCACCCUUGGAUCCCUGGCCGCAGCAACGGGGGCCACCAAUGGCUACUUAAGUGCUGCGUCGCCCCUGAUGGCGCAAUCUCUACUGGCCACAGAGAAGCUGGGAGAAGGAGCGAAGGAAGUGGUCGAGAUCGCUGUGCCUGAAAACCUGGUUGGAGCCAUCUUGGGGAAAGGAGGAAAAACGUUAGUGGAGUACCAGGAGCUGACCGGCGCCAGAAUCCAGAUCUCCAAGAAAGGCGAGUUCAUCCCGGGAACUCGGAACAGGAAGGUGACCAUCACGGGUUCCCAGGCCGCCACGCAAGCCGCACAGUACCUGAUAAGCCAGCGAAUCACCUACGAGCAGGGGGUACGUGCCACCAACCCACAGAAGGUGGGCUAAACCUGACAGCCAAUGAGAAACGAGGAGGAAAAGAGGAGAAAAAAAAGAGUGGGGGCUUGGGGGAGGAGUGUAAAAAGAAGUGAGAGGGAGAACGGAAAAAGGAGAGGAGAAUGUCAGAAGGAAUCGUCCGCGCUGUUUUCUUCUGCGUGUUUUCAAUAUUCUCUAUUAAAAAAAUAAUUUUUGACGCGAAGCAAAAAUGUGCUAAGAAGACGAGGAGGGAGAGGAGCGAGUUAUCACGCUGAAAAACCAAGAAAAAAAAUUGUGUAACAUGUAAAUAUGGUUUUAUUACUUAACGUCUUGACCUUUCAGGAUUUUUUAUUGUUUUGUUUCAUUGUUUUAUUGUUUGGAUUAGUAAAUUAAGCUGUCUGUUUGUUCGUUGUGUAUCGUGUGGACAAAGUUGAAUGCCAUGUAGGCAGGCCGAGUGCCUGAGAGGCUACAAGAAGCGGGGGGAGGGAGGGAAGGGUGUCAGGGGGGGGGUUCGCAUUUACAGGGUACAACCCUCCUCCCCCGCACGCCCAACCCUAAAUCCCUUAUGGAAAUAACCUUAACCCCUCCCUCCCCCUGCAGGCCCACACCCCUCCCCCUUCUGUCGGGUUUGUGUUUCCCUUCUUGUUUUUUUAUUUGCCCCUUGACCUCCCCCUCCCAAAGCAUCUCAAACUACUCGCCCACAGUCCUGCCCUCUCCUUUUCUCCCACGAACCCCCCCACCCCCGCGUCCAAUCCUUUUUACAAGGGUUUUAUAAUGAGCAAGACUGCAAACUUAAGCUUGGUGUGUGAGGGAAGAAACAUCCUCAAAUCCGACCCCUCUUGAACAGCUCCCCCGUCUGUGAUCUCACCUCCCGCAUCCUCCCUUCAGGAGGAAGUGGGGAAGUGAAAUCGGGAAAGGGUGUGGGACAGAGGGGCGUUUCUUCAUUGGCACACCACCCCCUGUAGACCCUGUGAUGUAUUCCACAAGCAGUGCAGCGCGUUGGGGCCCUUACACUGCGUAGCCCCCCCCCCCCCCCCCCCUCUCCCCCACACACGCACACACACAUAAAGACACACACCUUACACAGCCCUAGUGUUUUAGAUAGAAUGCCGAGGCGCACGCUGAUGACCUCACGUAGUGCGAAACCGACGAGAGUGAUACUGUGCAAGCAGCGGCAAUCACACGGGAUCCACGGCAUUACUUUGCAGUCUGCCGUGAUAAUUAUGUUAACGAGAUUGUCAUGAUUUAUUAGGAAUCAUCGCCAUUUUCAUUAUUUAUUAAUGAGAUCACUUUUUGAAAAAACGCUAAGUUGUUGUUUUUCUUUUUCUUUUUGAUUAUCUGUGAAUUCAGGUUGACAUGAAUGUAAAUGAGACUAUUUUUGAUUUGAAUAUUUUUUUUAUUUAAGUGGAUUGAAGAUAAAUAGUAAUGUUAGAUAGUGUAAUAUAUGUCUUAUUUAAGUCCAGUAAGCCACACCAGGCUCUAAUAUCAUUACAGUGAAGGAUUACCAUAUAGAUAUAGAUAUAUAUCUAUAUCUAUAUCUAUAUACCAUACGUCUCCGGUCAAAGAGCAGAAAAGGGAACACACAAACACACACACUGAAGCAAAACACUAUAAUGCCGUAUUUGGUGCUGCAAAUGGGAAUUCACGAUAUAUUAUGAUGCGGACUGCAGUACAACCUCUAGAUUAGAAAAAGCCGUAAACAGAUUACAGGCUUUUUUAACCCGAAAUCAUCUGGGUCAUCCCACCUGGCUGCCGUCCCUGUAAGGAAACUUUCCUGUUUUGCUUCUGAUGUUACAGAAAUAAGACUCAGACGAGCCUGUGGUGCUCGCCAAAACCAUUUAGAUGAACCCAAAACCACAGACUAGAAGCAAAACCACUUAAGACUCAAAAUGUACUUAUACUACUGAACAUAAAUGCAAACAUUGAGAAAGAGGAAACACUGAAUCACAACGUUGUUCGCGCGUGGUCCACUGCUACGAUCUGCAGGCCUCACAAUUAGAUUGGCUAUUUUAGGACUGCCUGAAUAUCAGUAAUGGAGAUAAACAGCCUGACUGAUCUUUUCCCAUAUCAAACAACUGUCCGACUGCCGAUGAGGUGAAGGGCAGACACUGAAAUGUCCAACACACAUCCUGGGAGUUGAGCUCCACCUCUGGCAAACAGCAGGCCACCCACGGCAACAGGUGUACUUCCCACUGUAGACCCAGAAAGCUGCUGAAGAUGCUGUCUUUUUUUUGAUCGUUUUCGUUUUUCUUUUUUUGUUCUGUGUGAUUAAUUGAUUUUUUACAAUCGGAGUACACUGAAUUUUUUGUCUUAAUGCACUGUGAAGCGAGGGAGCGGUUCUCUCUGCCCACGAGGUCAGGGAUGUGUGCUGUAGACGGCAUCGCGGUCAGGUGUUUUUUUGUGUGUUAUUGGGCGAGGAGAAACUAAACACAUAUGUAAUAUAUGUAGAAUGCAUAUGAAGAACUUCACCAGAAAUGUGCGUCAUAUCUGAAUACUAAAAGAGAAUAGGCCGAUGAAGAGGAUAUCAAUCAAUUGAUUCAAUAAGUCGAGAUCUAUCAGAUUUCACUCAUACCCGUUGUUUCCGAAAUAUCUUUUUGUAAUCAGAGGUCAGGAUGUUGGGGGCCAAUGUUAGGAGUACAGCAGCAGAUAAAAAAGACUGGAACACACUAUAGGAAAUUCACUUUUCUAUCUCAGCUGUGUCAUUUCAUAAACGAUAUGAAUUGGUAAAUGCAUUGUACAACCCAACGGGCAAAUCUGUGAAUCUCUAUUUAAGUCCAACCGGAGUUGAAGUGUGAUGGAAUGUAAAAAUGAGAGUAAUGAGGAGGGGGUGCAUUUGAACUAUUGAUCUAAGCAGCCUGGUGAGGGGAAGGAGCUCCUCUUAAGAUAAAGAAAAAAAAAAAGCAAUCCGACCCAAAGUCCUCCACUGUGCUAUCGAAUGUGUCACCCUCUGUUGGAGCGCCAGCGAGGGUUUAUCUCCACAGCUUGGUAAGGAGGCUUCUUUACUCCCAUCUAACACCAUCCACACUCUCCUCACCCCCCCUUCUACCUCCUCACACCCGCCCUCCUCCUACCACAUCGCUCCAUGGGUGACUGUCCAGUGUGACGAUCAAAUGCAUGUCUGCUGCUUGCCCUGACGAGAAAAAGAAUGAAAAGCUGCGGAACGAGUUCGUCUCCUGUUGGCCUCCUCCUCGGGGGGGGGGGGGGGGUACAACCACACGUGCCGAGGAGAAGUCGUAGGUCGUAGUCGAGGCCGGCGGGGGCACGUUGCACAAACACUAGUUUAGAUCCGCGCAUGAAGGACUACCUUCGGCGCACACACAUAAAAACAUACACAUAUCGUGAUCAGCGGGUUUGACUGGAUUAAAGUCUGAUAUUCUGUAGACCGCGGGGGAGAUGGCGGCUGUAGUAGAUUUAGCUGCUUUUGUUCCACUGUAGAACUGCACUGUGCUGGAAGCAGUUUGUUGGGUGCAUGCUAGACUACAUGCUUGAUUUAUCAUCAAGCAUAUACUGUACUUUCAAGAAUUACCUGUUUUUAUCCGUCUAUUUUCAUUGUAAAUUGAAUAUUGGGUUUGGGACUGCUCAGACAAAACAAGGAAAUUGCACUGUUCUGAGAAACUGUGAUUUUUCAGUCAUUUUCAGUCCAGCUAAAUUUAUAUUUUGAGUAUUACGUCAUUCCAACAUUGUGACCAUAGCAUGUAAGUCCAUCUGAUACGGCACAGUGCAUUCGCAGUAGAAAAACUGCAUUUGAAUUACUGAUGGAGGAGUCAGUCGUGUUGAUUAGUACUGGAUUUUUCUUCUACAUCUCAUCAAUUAAUCCUUAAAAUGAUAAUUUUUCCGGUUUGUGUUUUAAUUAUAGAUCAAGCUUUUUAGUCGUCUCGAUUUUAGGGGACGGAGAUCAAAUGUGAUCGAGUACUGGAAGCAAUACACGUAGUUGUCCUGUCCUUUAUCUACCGUUGGAGCUUUGGAUCUAGACGUUGAUUAAGUUAACAUUUUCAUUUUUUUCAAUUUGUGGAGAAAUGCUGCUAUUUAAUAAUUACUGAUGUACUAAAAAUACUAGGUUAAAACAUAUCGAAAUCUGUCCGUCAGCUGGAGAGGCUAGUCUCAAACGGCAGUAUAAUACAAGCUCUGUUAUAAGAUGACGAUAAGUUAAUAAUAGUGUAAUUCUGACAUGAACAAGUUAAACCUGUGCCAAACUAGAUCUUUAAAGAGUGUAAAUGUGUUGAUUUAAAACCACAUUAGAUUAGAGAAGACAUACUUUUAUAUUAAGAAAAUGUGAAAAGUGCCAAAUGAACCAUAUUUAUGAUUUACUCGGGGAGGGAGUCAUCCGUGUGACAGUUUGUAAGAGUCAGUAUAGGAGUUUGUAUAAGCUCUCUCAGUUCCUGCCACAUGUUGAGGGGCCGCCAUGUUAGCAAUGUGUUCAGCCAGUCCUCCGGAAGCUGCAUUUCCCAGGAUGCAAAAGCACCGCCACUCUGGGCCUCGACAAAUCAACAUUGGGAUGGGUUAGCAUAAUUAUGCUAAAAAUAAUGUGACUCGAUAGCAUUCUUAAAUACAGCCUUUUAUAGUUACGAACAAAAUGUAUUUUGUGGAAAUAGAUGUUAUCUUUUUUGCACGUCUAUAUUGCAUGAUAUCAAAGUGAUACGUGGACAGAAAAUGGAGAGAAAAACAAAACAAAAAAUAGAAGCAAGAAAAAAAAAAAAUGAUUAGGCAGUGUGUUUGUCGACGAUUCUUUGCAUGCCGAUAAGGGAGCAUUUUGAUGUUGUUUUACAACGUUCAAAUGUUGGUCGUUUGAAUUCCGUUCCAGCGACCCAAGGAAAUCCAAACGUUUGACCGUAACGUUUGCGAGAAAAGACGUAGUUUGUCGCUGUCCAGCCGCCCUCGCCGGAUACGGAUAAAAACAAACAAGCCUAAGACUAUUUUGCUACUUGCUACUAAAAAAAAAUUAUAAUUUUGAAGUGAGACUUCAUUGUCAAUGAAUGUACUCCCCUCUGCAUACGUCUGGAUAUCACUCCUCUGACCAUUGACGUGCGGUAGAGGCUAACGUGUUCUCGUUUGUGUAUUUCUGUGUAUUCUAACAUUACUAACCCUCGACGCAUUGCGUCAAGCUCUCAGUAUGUUCUCUGUCCUUUUUGAAACCCCCCAUCCAUAUCUACCCCUCCAACACCCCCCCCCCCCCCUCUUAAUCUCUCAGCUCUGGCUUGUCUUGGCAUUGAUAUGCACCUUAUUGACCUCAAAUAUGACAUGAUAUCUGCAGCCCCCCCCCCCCCCCUGUGUGUUUCAAUGGGAGAGAUUCGUAAAAAAGAGUGUGUGCGACGCAGAGAGGGGGUGAAAACUCCCCUCGCUCACCUCUGAAUCCCCCCCCCGCUGCAGAACCCUGAGAGAAACAACGCUGAACAUUAACAGUGCGUUUGCUCUCUUUUUCUCUCUCUUUCUAUUUUCCAAACUCAGGUCAAUUAGAUGCUUUGUUGGCUUUAACGUCACAAAAAAAUAAAUAGAGGAGAGAUA